CCGGAGAUGGUUGAGAUGAUAUGCUCUCAACCAGAUGCAGAAGUUGCGUUCAAUUUAGCCUCUGCUCUAGGCUAUGCGUCGGCUUUUGGUCGAGAAAAGGUUUGCCGCGUUCUGCUUAGACGCGGGGCAGAUCCCACUGUCACCGGUAAAGACGGGCUUCGUCCGAUUGACCGAGUUAAAGCAGCAAAACCUUUGGGUGGUAGAGAAGUCAUUGAGCUUUUGGAAGGGUAUAUGUCGAAGAAAGAGGAGAGCGCCUAUGUUCCUGCUCAAGGGAGCAGUUCGCAGUUGCUACCGAUUUAUCAGAAUGAAGAGAGUAGUUCAACAGAGAAGCAACUAUUUAUUCUCGCUACUGAAAUAUUCCCUGGAUUAGUUGACGUCUUUGCACAAACGCAAUUGGAAUCAGUAAAGUAUCAGGCCGUCUUGAUAUUGUUGCAACUAGUCAGUCGACUCUCUUCGCAAAGCCUGACCAUCAUUAACACAUAUCCGUUUGGAAUUUCGUUGGGGUUUCGCCUCACUCAGAUGAUUUUUAUGGCUUUGGCAGAGGAGUCUGAGAGGACGGUGCAUUGUGUAUUUCAGCUGUGUCAUCAGUUGCUGACGAAAGCUCGCUCCAUUUAUUUGCCUCUUAUGCACCGAACCGGCAUCAUACCCUUGAUAAAGUCGAUUGACUCAGUGAUGCAACUACCUCACUUCCGUUUCCUCUGUGAAAACGAUUAUGGAAAUUACUACUAUCCCAUAAGGGAAAUUUCGAAUGAGACAGAUGGACAGGGUUCUGAUGAUUCCUCAGACUCUACUGUUGACUUUAUUCCUAAUGAAAAUGUGGGUGAGAGUGAUGGAACAGAUUCUGAAUACACGGAGGCGGCAGAUGUUGCUACGGAAGGCAGUCACGAGGGAGCUGAAGGGGAGCAACAGAAUGAACCA